GUGUGGAAAAUACAAGGAUAUGUUUCUUCGUAUUGCAUGCUUCUUUAGAGGAAAAAAGAAAAGUGAUGUGAUGACCAUACUGAAUAAGUUUGGCUUCAUAUCAGAAAAGGGAAUAUACCUCCUUACUGAAAGAUCACUUUUAUAUGUCUCAGAAGGAACUAUUGAGAUGCAUGACUGGAUAGCACAAAUGGGUUGGCAAGUGGCACGUGAUGCUGAGCAGCUCAAGCCAUGGAAUCGCAGUAGACUAUGGCAUGAAAAUGACACAAAAACUGUUUUUUCUGCUAAUCAGAUCACCAGAACUCUUACAUUUCCUGUGGCCCCCAAAAAUGAAUCGAUUCAGAAAUGGAAAUAUGAUGCCUUUUUGAGUUUUAAAGGAUAUGAUACCCGCAAUAACUUUGUUGCGCAUCUUUAUAAACGCUUGGAAGACAUAGGAAUUAAAGUUUUCAAAGAUGAUGUGAAACUUAAAAGAGGAAAGUUUAUUUCCACAGAACUCUUGAAAGCCAUUGAGGAAUCAAGAACUGCCAUUAUUAUCUUCUCCGAGGAAUAUGCUUCAUCCACCUGGUGCUUGGAGGAACUCACAAUGAUCAUGGAGUGUGUUGACAAGAAGGAACAGAAAGCAUAUCCUGUCUUCUAUAACGUCGAGCCAUCAGAUGUACGCAUGAAAGGUACGAACAGCAGCUUUGCUAGAGCGUUGGACAAACACGUGGAAGAUUUCAAGUCUAAUUUUGAAAAGUUGGUAACCAAACAUGAGGAAGAUCCCCAGUAUAGUUUGCAGAAGGUGUUAGCCAUAGACAUAACAGGUCUCAAGGAUAAUUUGGAGAAGGUACAGAGGUGGAAGCAUGCUCUACAUAAAGCUGCUGGUAUAGCAGGACUGGAUGUUCGUAAAACUGCCAAUGGGAAUGAAGCAGAAUCUAUCGACAAGAUUAUAAAUGAUAACUUCCAAAUUAUGCACCAUAGCGUUUCAGCUACUGAAAAAUGUCUAGUGGGAAUUGAAUCUCGUAUGGGUGAAGUAGAAUCAUUAUUUAAGGUUAGAUCAGGUGAUGUCUGUUUUGUUGGAAUAUGGGGGAUCGGUGGAAUUGGCAAGACAACUGUUGCAAGAACUUUUUUUGACAAGAUUUCGUGUCAAUUUCAAGGGUCUUGUUUUCUUGCAAAUGUCAGAGAAGAAUCAAAGAAGCAUGGGCUGAUGUACUUGCAAGAUACACUUCUUUCAAGAAUCUUAAACGAACAAAGAAUGAAUAUAGCAAGUUUAUAUGAAGGAGCCGACAUGAUAAAAAAAAGGCUUUGCCACUGGAAAGUUUUAAUUGUUUUUGAUGAUGUCGAUGAUGAACACCAAUUGGAAUAUUUAGUUGGAAAUCAUGGCUGGUUUGGUGAUGGAAGUAUAAUCAUUACAACAACUAGAAACCAAGAUUUACUACGUAGUCAUGACCUGUUAUAUUCUGUUCCUGAAUUGGCUGAAGAUGAGGCUAUUGAAGUUUUCAGUUGGCACGCUUUCCAGAAACAAACUCCUGAUAAAGAGUUUUUGCAACUCUCCAAAUCUGUAGUAGAUUAUGCUAAAGGCUUACCUUUAGCUCUUAAGGUCUUGGGUUCUUUUCUGUACAAACGAGGUGUAACUGAGUGGAGAAGUGCAAUAGAUAGACUCAGAGAUACUGGAUAUGAAAGAAUUGUUAAGCAGCUCAGUUUAAGUCUAGACGGAUUGAACCAUGAGGAGAAGAAUGUAUUUCUUGAUAUGGCAUGCUUCUUUAGAGGAAGAAAGAAAGAUGAUGUGGUAACAAUACUGAACAGUUUUGGCUUCCGAUCAGAGAUUGGAAUUGAUGUCCUCAUCCAAAAAUCACUUUUAUAUAUUUCAGAAGGAAAAGUUGAGAUGCAUGAUUUGAUUGAACAAAUGGGUCAGCAAGUGGCACGUAAUGUGGACCACGACAAGCCAUGGAAGCACAGUAGACUAUGGCAUGAACAAGAUAUAAAAACUGUUUUUUCUGCAGAUCAGAAGACAGAAUCAGUUAAAGGCAUAAUGGUACCAAUUGGCUCAGACCAACAUAUAUGCAAGUGGAGCAAAGCUUUCCGAAACAUGCCUUGUCUUAGGUUACUCAUUGUCAAAGGGGAGGAGGUCCGGCAUCAUGACCUUAUUUGUGACCCUAUUGAGUGUCUCCCCAGUAACUUGAAAUGGCUUGAUUGGUCAUACUACAGUUUUGAAUCUUUACCAGCAUAUUAUGAACCAGGAAACCUUGUUGGGCUCCACAUGCCUUUUAGUUCUCUUGUUGAAGUUGUCAAGGAACCGAAGGCAUUUGAUAAGUUGACAGUCCUCAAUUUAAGUUUUUCUAGAAAUUUAAUCCGAACGCCCAAUUUUUCGGAGAUCCCAAACCUGCAGAGGAUUAUACUGAAAAGUUGUGUAAGUUUGGCAGAAAUUCAUCCUUCCAUUGGCCAUCUCAGAAAGGUUACCUUUUUGAAUAUGGAAAACUGCAAAAGUCUCAAUUCUUUACCAAGCAGUAUUCAAAUGGAAUCUCUUGAAAUUUUCAAUCUCUCAGGUUGUGAGAAGUUAGAAAAAUUUCCAGAAAUUCAGGGAAAUAUGGAAUUGCUAUCAGAACUCCUUUUGGCACAUACUGCAAUAUGGGAACUUCCCUCAUCAGUUGGAAAGCUCAGUGGCAUCAGCUUGCUCGAUUUGCACUCAUGUAAAAACCUUGUAAGACUCCCAGCCAGUGUCUCUGAGAUGAGAAAGCUGAAAAUUUUGACUGUGAAAGGCUGCUCAAGACUUGCAAAGUUCCCUGAAAAUCUAGGUGAUCUAAACCAGAUGGAGGAGCUCUAUGCUGGUAACACUGCCAUUUGGAAACUACCAUAUUCUGUUAGAAACUUAAGCAAACUUAAAGUCCUAUCAUUAAGAAGAGGCCGGAAAGUAAAGCGUCAAACUGGUGACAGUUUGAUGUUACCCUCUUCCUGGGAGUUUCAUUGUUUGAGGAAAUUGAAAAGCUUAGAUCUCAGUGGAUGCAAUUUAUCUGAUAACCAAACUGCUGCUCUUAUGAACUUGCCUUCUUUGCUGGAAUUGAAUCUGAGCAGAAACAAGUUUAUUUCGUUACCUGAUACCAUCAGUCGACUUUCUCAGCUUCGAUAUCUCAACAUAACACAGUGUCAGGAACUUAAGGAACUUCCCAAACUUCCACCAAGUAUAAAGGAAUUAUAUGCAGAAGAUUUUUUGGCCAAGCAAAGUAUCGCAAAGCUACAAAUGUACCCGAGGUUGAAUUUGGUGUCAUUCACUAAUUAUAGUUUUGUUCAACAGUCUUAUACAAAGGAGAGCAAUGGUAGCUCAGUUUUGGAUGAGAUUCUUGGUUCGUUUCUUUCACACAACAUGGAUGAUGUGGUCCAGUCCUCUCUCAACUCCGAUUACAGGGUGACUUGUUCCAUCGUCUUUCCUGAAUGUGCAAUUCCCACGUGGUUUAAGCACCAGAGUGUUGGGGAAAAGAUGUUGCUCGAACUUCCUAUUAAUUGGUAUAAUGAUAAGUUCAAGGGCUUUGCUAUAUGCUGUGCCACUCUCAUGGGAGCAGGUGUGUUGAAUCCUGGUUCAGGGCUAUCCAAGAAGUAUGAUUAUGCUUUCGUCAAAGCUAAAUUGAUAUGCAAAGAUGAUUUAGAAGACCUUAAAGUGCUAGAGAAAGAAUGUAAAGUGGGAACAGCAUCUAGAACAUAUGGCUUGUGUGUUUGCUUUGUCUACAUACCAUUGUAUGCUUCACUGCAGGUGUCCGGCACAGAUGUUGGAAAAAUUAACCAGUAUAGCCUAUUUGAGGCAUCUCUCCAUGGGCGCAUUGUGAGACAGUGGGGAGUUCAUUUGAUCUAUGAGGAUGAAAGAACACUUUUUGCAAAAAAAUACGGAAGUCUUGGUCUCACACCACUUAAGCGGAAGAGAGGCUAAAUUAGCUCUAUAUGUUGGGAUAUCAAGGGGAUUACCAAGAAGACGAAUUUAAGUUGGUUGCAUAUAUGAAUAGUUUGACAUAUGGAUCAAAACAUGAUGGCGGAUCUCUUUGCAAAGGAAGAUGGUACAAGGAAAAAAAAUGAAGCAUAAUUAGAGAUUAUUUUUUCACUUUGAAAUUUAUUAGCAACUUAGUUACUUUUGCUAGAGUUUUUAAAAUUUUGAUUUAUGUAAAUAAUUUAGCUAAAUGUAUUAUAUUGUCAAUGCUAAUCAUUUGAUCCUUUAGUAUUCUA